AUGAAGACCCUUCAGACUUCCCCAGGCCCUAACUGGGAGGUGGCUGAGGGAGAGGUGCCUACACAACCCCCGGAGGAAGGCGGCUCCCUGGGAAUUUCUAGGGAUCUCUGUAGGUCCCUGGGAGAACAGAUGCCACAGCAAAGGGGUAGGGAGAGCCCUGGCUCCGGGGAAAGGGCCGCCCAGCGGCGAGAGUCAGCACCGGGCGCGGGAGAGCAGAGGGCCGCCGGGGAGCGGGUACGGACUCCCCUUCCACCCCCGAGGCCCCCGACCCGGCCGCUGCUCCCAAGCCCAGGGGCCGAGACGCUAGAGGCCCGAAGCACUGGGAGCUCGGGGCAGCAGGAGCUCCCCGCAGCUCCCCGGGGGCACCCAGGGCUGGUGCCCGACCCGCACGGGCUUCAGGACCGGGAAGAAAGCCCAGGCCCGGCGGAGCAGGUGCCGGGCGCCGGCGGGGAGCCGAGGGGCGACGCGGAGGCCCCCAAGGCCUCGAAGGCCGCGUGGCCCUGGCCCCCGGGCAGGGAGAAGGCGUCGGCGGGCGUGAGCGCGGUGCAGCAGGAGACCGCUCUGCAGCGGCUGCUGGAGCUGCACCGCGCGGCCAGGCGCCGGCGGCGGCAGGAUCGCGAGCAGCAGCGGCUCCGGGUCUUGGAAUGCCUCCGCAUCGCCAGGAACCGCCACUGCCGGGUGCACCCUCUGGGGCCCCCACCCAGCCCAGCUCAGCUCCAGCCACAGGAGGACGCGGCGGGGCAGCGGCGAGCCCUGCGGCAGCAGCUGCAACAAGUGCAUCGGGAGAGGACCCGGCGGCUGCGGGCCCUCGGGGCCAGGAACACCCAGAACUUCCAGCAGCUACUGUGGCCUCGCACUGAGGACCCUUUGCCAGGAGAGGAGCCCUCGCCCUUCGCAGCCCCAUCUAGUCAUUGCUGAAUCCUCAAAGGGAUGAUUAAAGAGAUGGGGAUUAAAGAAAAAGCAAGUGCAGGUUAGAGGGAGUUCCAAGAAAGGCCCCGAACGCUGCCUCGGGGCCUGGGAGGGCCAGAAACACACACAGCAGCUCAGUCCCACUAGAAGGCGUGUUAUUUCGUCUUCCCUCCCCUAACUCCACUGCCCGGCCAAGGUCAGAGAGCCAGGUCCCGGGGGUCAAGCAGUGCGAAGGCCCCAUUCUUUCGGAAGAAUGAUUCGAUGCGGCACAUCUUACAGGAGACCAGUUCUUGCUUCACCGGGGGGCCUGGGAAAAAAUGUCAGAGGCCAGGAAUGAUGGGUCCUGGGAAAGGGAACUUGGCCAGAGCAUGGGAGCCCUGCCUUCCUAGCCCUAGGAAUCUGCCUGUAUUGUAUCCACUUUGUAUCCUUUGUGAAGGAAUAAAAAGUGCUCCUGAGGAA